CAGGUGUCGAAGUCUCGGAGAGUUCCAUUUUCUGAUUUACUUGUUUCAGCUGCAGAAGGAAGACAUGGGGAACGAAUCAUACGAGACAGAGUUGGCAGGACUUACGAAGCUUCUCAGCGAGAAAGUAGACCUGGAAACAGUUGCCACUACAAAACUUGACCAAGUAACGGCGGAGUUGCAAGCAGUCGAUAACCAAGCGUUUAAUCCGAUUGAGCGGUUCUCAACCGGAUUCAUCCGCUUCAAGAAAGAGAAAUAUGAGAAGAAUCCUGCGUUGUUUGGCCAACUGGCCAAGGGUCAAAGCCCUAAGUUCAUGGUGUUUGCGUGCUCGGAUUCCCGUGUGUGCCCAUCCCAUGUUUUAGAUUUGCAGCCGGGGGAGGCUUUUAUGGUCCGCAACAUCGCCAACAUGGUUCCGCCAUAUGACCAGACUAAAUACUCUGGUGUUGGAGCGGCCAUCGAAUAUGCUGUCUUGCAUCUCAAGGUGGAGAACAUUGUGGUGAUCGGACACAGCUGUUGUGGUGGGAUAAAGGGUCUCAUGUCUCUCCCUGAUGACGGCUCCACCUCUACUGAUUUCAUAGACGAAUGGGUGAAGAUCUGCUUACCGGCCAAAGAAAAGGUUAAGUUAGAGAACGGCAGUUUAUCCUUAUCUCAGCAAUGCUCCGAAUGCGAAAAGGAAGCUGUGAAUGUAUCACUAAAUAACCUUGUAACUUAUCCAUUCGUGAAAGAGGGUUUGAUGAAGAAAACUUUGGCGUUGAAAGGAGGUUACUAUGAUUUUGUGAAUGGAUCUUUUGAGUUGUGGGGGCUUGAAUUCGUCCUCACACCCUAGCCUGCCUGCAUGCAUGCAGUUGCU